UAGCGGUGGCAUUGCCUCAUACUUUUCCAUAAACUGCUUAGAUAGAUUGUGUCAAUCGUCGGCAUUCCUGCAUUCAAUGGCAAGCGGACUAAUAAGACAAAAUGAAAAGAAGACUUACACUGUGUUACGAAAAGCUGGUUCCCAAGAAUUAUUCAUAGCCGCCAGAAAUUGGAUGCUGUCGGACGACAUGUGUUUGUAUCACAGCAGUAUAACCAAUUAUGAAGUUGAGGCAUGCGUAAGACCUAGACCGGAAUGGGUGUUAAUUGAUUGUCAAAUGUUAGCUGAGCUAG